AUGGAUGUCACCCGCCUCCUCCUGGCUACCCUGCUGGUCUGCCUGUGCUUCCUCACUGCCUACAGCCACCUGGCACCUGAGGAAAAGCCCAGAGAUGAAAGGAGCCUGAGGAGCAACUCUUCCAUGAAGCUGUUGGAUUUCCCUUCUGUCUCUAUUGUGGCACAGAACAAGAAAUCCAAAAAUAUCAGCAGAAAAGAAGCGGAAAAAAAGAAAAGAUCUUCCAAGAAAAAGGCUUCGAUGAAGAAGGUGGCACGGCCCCGGCCCCCGCCGCCUGGCCCCUGCGUGGCCACCCGCGACAGCUGCAAGCCGCCGGCGCCCGCCUGCUGCGACCCGUGCGCCUUCUGCCAGUGCCGCUUCUUCCGCAGCGCCUGUUCCUGCCGCGUGCUCAACCCCACCUGCUGAGCGCGCCUCUGGGUGGUGGGCGGGGUGGGGCGGGGCUUCCAGGGGCGGGGCUCUCCGGACGGGCCCUUCUGGGCCGGGCGAUCUCUAGUAGGUGUGGCUUCCUAGAACAGGGAGUGGGCGUGGCUACUGACGUUGGGGCGGAGCUUUCAGGAGGCGGGGCUUCAAGGAGACUUGGCUUGGGCUGGGCUAAAAUUCAAAUAUAUGUAGGCU